AUCUGGGUGAACGAGGGAUCGAAGUUGGUGUACUUCCAGGGCACCAGAGACACUCCUCUGGAGCACCACCUGUACGUGGUCAGCUACGACUCACCGGGAGACGUGGUCCGACUAACCAAGCCCGGCUUCUCUCAUAGCUGCUCUGUUAGCCAGAACUUUGACUAUUUUGUCAGCCACUACAGUAACGUGAGCACGCCUCCGUGUGUUCAUGUCUACAAACUGAGCUGCUCAGAAGGCGACCCACUACACAUGGUACCAGAGUUCUGGGCCAGCAUGAUGGAGUCACCAG